AUGCGUAGUAGACGACCGUGCGUGAAGCAUUUCAGCCACUCCCACCCGCUGCGACCCGUCGAGGUGAAAGAGGAAGAAGAGUUGAUCUGCAGCGGCUGUGAGCUGGAUCUCUCAGGUUCAGCUUACAGGUGCCGCAAGUCGUCUAGCUGCUGCGACGACUUCUAUCUUCACAGAUCAUGCUUCGAGUUGCCAAAGGUGCUUCAACUCCCCAUGGAUCAUGUCUCUGGCCAUCAGCACCCGCUGCUUCUACUUGACACCCCACCUAAAGAAGAUGAUGACGAUGAGUACCCCAAGUUCGUAUGCAACGCCUGCGGCGACUAUGGCACAGGUUUCACCUACCGCUGCUCCAGCACCAGCUGCCAGUCCUUCAAUCUCCAUGUUACAUGUGCUUUCCUGCCCAACACCAUAAAGCAUGUUGACCACCAGCACCCGCUCAGCCUAUUCUCUUCCUCCACCUCCCUAGAGAUCAAAGGAAUUAGCUUCACCUGUGACGUAUGCAGGAAACAAGUCCCUCAAAAUUGCUGGAUCUACUACUGCUCUGAAUGCGACUAUGGCACAGAUCUUGCUUGCACCACCACCACCAACAACAACACAUAUUCCGUCCUUCCUGCUGGAGGAGGUGGACGCAUACAAUAA